AUUUUUAAAUAUUAUAUGAGUACUCAAAUAUUUUAUAAUUAAAAAAUAACAUAUAUAAUGUAUAAUUUCUAUAUCAUUUCACAUAAACUUAUGUAUUUGAAAUUGUACAAUUUAUAAAAUUUUUAAUUAUAAAUCUUUAAAUACUCUUUGGAAAACUUUCACACAUAACUUCUGCCCUCUAGAAAUGAUAGAAAGAACUAAGCAUAAAAGGCACAUAUUUGAUUCAUGCUGCUAUCUGCAGUUAAUCAUGUGAAUUAGGUUGUGUAGAGACCUUCUAAUUUCUAAUAAUGCCCAGUCUACAAUGAGUCGUUGGUCGUAAGAAAUUUAACCAAUCACAGUUGAUCUUAGAGAAGAAUAACCGAACAUAAUUGGUUACGACCAACAAAUUUCUUACGACCAACGACCAACGACUCAUUGUAGACUGGGCAUAAGAGACUGGCCAAUAAAGGGACACUUUUGAAUGGCUGCGUUCAGCAGACCACAGCAGACACAACUGUUGAGUGGCCGCUCAGUGAUUCUUUAAUAUGAUUGGUUAGAUCUAAAGGUAUUAACUAAUCAUAUUAAAGAAUCACUGAGCGCUCACCAGCGCUCACUCAACAGUUGUGUCUGCUGAACGCGGCCAUUGGUUAUCGUCAAUUCGCGCUCAUAUUCUAAACACACAAACCUUUCCAUUAACAUUAUAAAUCAACACAAAAAAAAUAAAACAAAACAAAAUAUUAUGUUCUUUUUAUAUACAAUAUUUUAAAACAUAUAUACUAAAAUAUGUUUUGUACUUCUUAUAAGCAACACAGAAGUGAGGUUAUCUGUAGGCGUUUAGUCUUUACACCCGACAUUGCCCGACAUUUUUGGGAACAUCUACACUCGAAAUAGAGCAUAAGAUAUUUUUCUCUCACUCGUAAAAAUUUGACGAGAUUUUUGAUGACAGUCUCUUAUUAGAGAGUCUCUAGAUUUUUAUUUAUUGGAAGAUUAUAUAAAAUUGCAGGAACAAUGUGGACAGUGUAAAGCGCAUUCUUCAUCGCAAAUGACGAUUGAUACAGCUUGUACAAAAACAAAAGGUGAAGCAACAUUCCAACAUUUAAAUAAUGCUAAAGUGGAAGAAAGUAAUUGCAUUCCAUUAAUGGAAUUAGACACAUUAAAUAUUAAUUGUAUUAAUUUUGAUACAAGAAUUGAUCCAUCAAAUGCAAGUGAAUUUUUACACAAAGAUAUCAAUGAAAAUGAUCCAGUUAGUCCGCCAGAAAGUCCAGUAUUUUCUAGAGCAUUAUUAAAAACUGGCAGCAAUUCUAUAAAAAAAUUGCGUUCACUUAAAACAGUAUGCAAUCCAACUUCAAAUAUGAAAACACAACAUAACAUUGAAAAAGUUCCUUCAAAAUAUAAUCACAAAUUAGAACUUAGCACAACACAUCAUGUGGAAACUACAUUUUUGCCAAAUGGAAAGAGAUUGAAACAAUCUCGACUUACAUUUUGUCCAGUUAAAAGUAAUGAAAAGAUGGUAGCAUCUUCAAAUAUAGAUAAACAUAAGUCAACUGGUACAAUACAUAAUGUACAACAGAACUUUAUUCCAGAUAUUUUUACAACAAAUAUAACUGUUACUGAAAAUGAGGCUAGUGAAAUUUCUGAAGAUAUAAUAGAAAUCAGUCCUACACAAAAAAGUCCUAUCACAUCAAAAGUUAAACGAUGUUUAAAAUUCAAAAGAAAAAUUCCUACGAAACGAAAGAUAAUUUCUCCAUAUAAAAAUAAAUAUCUUGGCUUAAGUUCUGGUCCAAGUGCUGUUUCAGAGCUAAUAGAUUUUAAAUUGUACUCUAAACAUACUUCUAUACAAAUGGAAGAUGAUAAAUCUUCCACAAAUACAGCAGUUGAUACAUUAAAAGAUAAAAUUAAUACAAGUUAUCUUUCACCAAUAAAAAUACAUAAUGAAACCAAUGUUGAAAUUAAAAAAUCUAUUGAAACUCAAAAGGAAGAUCAAUUAUUAAUAAAAAAUAAAGUACAAAAGCUUAAAAAUAUAAACUUUGUCUAUAAAGACGAAACUUUUUAUUUACCUGUGAAACAAGCUGCAAAUAGAAAUGAUAUGAAUAAUUUAAAUUUGAAUGAUACAGAAAACGAGCCACCUGAAAAAAAAAAAUUGGGCGAGUUUACUGUAUUGCAAAAAAGAAAGAUAGAGGCUUCAGAGCAGCUUAAUAUGCAGUGUAAAACUGACAGAGCAAAGUUAAACGGUUUGGAUUGUUGGGAAUGUCGAGAGUAUUAUAAGAAUUUGUCACUGUCAAAAGAAGAAUUGCAAAAGCGGAAGAAUCAAUGCUCACGACAUCGACACAAACAUGAAAGGCCAAACACACCAGAAGGUUUUUGGGAUCCAGAGUUUCCCGAAACAUUAUCAAGCACUUAUCGACAAAAUAAAAAUUAAAAUGCUUUGCCAAUCGAAUCUACUUCCCAAGACUUUGAUACGACUUUAAUUAGAUUUCAACGAUUCCAAAAUGGAGUUUCGUGCAUAAUAAUUAUAUAUUUUAAAUACAUUAUUAUUAAAAUAAAUAUGAAAUAAAAUAUAAAUUAUUGGUUAAAGACAUAA